AUGUCCCACCCCAUCGUUGACAUCCACACCCACGUCUACCCAUCCUCGUAUCUGUCCAUGCUUCGCGCGCGCACUAAAGUACCCUACGUCCACGACCCAGACCCGGACUCCUCCUCCUCCUCCUCCGGAGGACGAGCACAGCCCUUGCGUCUGAUCAUCCUCUCAUCAGACGACGACCCGUCGAUACCGCCGGCCCAGCGCGGACGUCCCGUCGACGCGUCCUACACGGACAUAGCGGUGAAGCUGGAGUUUAUGCGGCGGCACGGGAUCAGCACGAGCGUGAUCUCGCUCGCGAAUCCGUGGCUGGACUUUGUCGAGCCGGAGGAGGCGCGGGGGUGGGCGGAGCGGAUUAAUAAUGAUCUUGAAGAUACCUGUGCGCGAGUCAACAAGCAGCAGCAGGAAAAGAAGAACCCUGAGCAGGGCGAGGGGUUGUUAAAGAAACUGUUCUUCUUCGGCGUCCUCCCGCUCAGCGCGCCAGAUGCCUCCAUCGUCGCCGCAGAGAUAGCGCGGCUCAAGACGCUGCCGCACAUGCGCGGCGUCAUCAUGGGGACUUCGGGGCUGGGGCAAGGGCUAGACGACAGCGCGCUGGACCCCGUCUGGCAGGCGCUGCAGGACACGGACACGCUGCUGUUCCUGCACCCGCACUACGGGCUGCCCGACGAGGCGUUUGGUGGCGCGGACGUGACGGCGCGGUACGGGCAUGUCCUGCCCCUGGCGCUGGGGUUCCCCGUCGAGACGACCAUCGCCGUGACGCGGAUGCUGCUGUCCGGCGUCUUCGACCGGUUCCCGCGGCUGAAGAUCCUGCUGGCGCAUUCCGGGGCACCGACCAUCCCUUCUUCCCUCCGCUGGACGGCAAGGAAGAUGAACCCUGGCUCAGUGUGA